UUUUUCUUGUUAUUUAUACGCUGGAAGAAACUUUUUUUUUAUUAUCUUUGGCUUUUGUUGCAAGUCUUUGUUCAUGUCUGAGCCUUUGCUUUCCUGAACUUCGUCUUGGCAGAUUCUGACUAUCUGCUGAUAAUUCUGCCAUAGUUGUGUUGUCCCUCUUUCCAUUUUUUUCUACUUGUCCUCUUCUAGGGGUUUCCAGGUCUGUGGUGGAGGGGGGGGGGAGCAGUUUACACCUGCAAGAGUAACCUUCACCCCGCUGGAUCUCUUUCUUUGCACAGACAAAGAAGAGGAGAGCAGGCCGGAGCCACUCCUGGCGGGAGUGCCGCAAGAACCCGCCUGCUGCCAGCCGAUGAAAACAGCUGCCAUCCUCCCCUCUUCUGGUCUACCACCCUGGCAGGUGGAGCUGGAGUCAGCAGGACAGAUGGGGGGUCCAGCAUCCAGUUCCAAGGCUGAACUCGCAGCAGAUGGGCAUCCCCUGGGGAGGCAAGUCAGCAAAGCCAGCAGCAGCAGCAGCCGAGUGAAGUCCCGCACCUUGCCCAGCGUGCCAAAGCUCCUCAUCCCUUCGUCCGUCUCCAAAUUCCCCCCUGAGAUCACCGUCACUCCACCAACGCCCACCCUCCUGUCCCCAAAGGGGAGCAUCUCGGAAGAGACCAAGCAGAAGCUGAAGUCUGCGAUCCUUUCGGCCCAGUCCGCAGCCAACGUGAAGAAGGAGAGCCUCUGCCAGCCUGCCCUGGAGGUGGUGGAGACCUCCAGCCAAGAAUCUUCUCUGGAGAGCGACUCCGAAGAGGAGGAGGGCGAGGAAGAGGAGGAGGAGGAGGAGGAGGAGGACAACGACUGCAUGGACAUCUGAAGCACCUGGGCUUCUCCCAGGGAGGCUGGGGUGGGGGGUGGGGGGGUGGACGGAAAGAGGGCCUUGCCUGCCUGCCUUCCCACUGCCUCGCUUGCCUGGCCUCUGCCACUGCUGCUUCCACCCACCCCCAGGAUGCCAUUGUGCCCCCCACCCUCCCUCCCCUGGGCCAGUAAACGCUGCCCUGGCAACCCUUGGCAUGCCGUUCCUGCUCCUGGCCCCCUUGCCUGGCUCUGCUGGGGGGGGGAAGGAACCUUCAGCCACGGCUGAGCAGGGCCUAGAAGCAGCUGCGCCCCCCAACCCCUGCACCCUUCGCCUUUCGCCUGCUUCUCUCGCUGCUGCCUGAAAAGAAAACCCCAGCCGAGCUGGCCGUUUGUUUGCAUGAAGAGGCGUCGGUCGGUUGGGGCAUCACUGACCGAGAAAUUGGAAUGGUUUUCGGUACCAUUUUGAUAAUGUCUGUUUUUUUUACAGAAUGACACAAAAAAAGUGUAUGUACAUGCUUUGUUUUUUAAGUCGCUGUGGGAAGAUUGGUCGCAUAUACACGGGAGACAAUGAAGAAGACCAAGGAUUUUUUUCUACCGAAUGUUGUAAUUUGUAGCAUAAUUAAUGCAAAUCCUGCACAGGGACCAGGAUGUGUGUCACUUAAAGCCUAAAGUUUAUCAGGCUGGGUUUCAGUCUGUUGGGGGAGCCGUUGUAUAAAGGGUGCAAUGUAGAGCUUUGUAUAAAUACACAUUUUUCUAAUAAAGUCAAAACACGUC